AUGGCGGAUCAGCUCAACAUGGGUGCGCUCAACCUUGGCCCUGACGGCGUACGCCGAUCAUACAUUCCGCCUCACAUGCGGAACCGCCCUGGCCCCCCUGCCGCUACGAACGGCGGUCCCAAUGGUGCACCAGCACCCGCUCCCGCUCCCAACGGCGCUCCUGCUGUCAACGGACUCGGCAACAGUGCCUGGGCCAACCAGGCGGCCUUCGCUGCUCCCCAGGGCAACUGGCCCCAGGGCAACGAGGCCCCCGCGCCCCCCCAGAACAACCGUCGUGGCGGAGGCGGUCAGACCGCACGCGGCUCUGGCGACGGACAGUGGCGGGAUGGGAAGCACGUCCCUGGCCCAGCCAACGCCCGCAUCGAGCGGGAGCUCUUUGGUGCCACUGUCGAUGACCCGUCCAAGCAGCACACUGGCAUCAACUUCGAAAAGUACGACGACAUCCCCGUCGAAGCUUCUGGUCAAGAUGUCCCAGAGCCCGUUCACCAGUUCACCACCCCUCCUCUGGACGAGCACCUGUGCCGCAACAUCGAGUUGGCUCACUACAAGGUCCCUACCCCGGUCCAGAAGUACUCAAUCCCUAUCGUCUCGGGCGGUCGCGACCUGAUGGCUUGCGCCCAGACUGGUUCCGGCAAGACUGGUGGCUUUCUCUUCCCCAUCUUGUCCCAAGCCUUCAUCAACGGUCCCUCCGCUGCUCCGGGCGCCGCCGCCGGCCAGUUUGGUCGCCAGCGCAAGGCAUACCCUACCUCUCUAAUUCUUGCCCCAACCCGAGAGCUCGUCUCCCAGAUUUACGAUGAGUCACGCAAGUUCGCGUACCGUUCUUGGGUUCGUCCCUGCGUCGUCUAUGGUGGUGCCGACAUCGGCUCCCAGCUCCGCCAAAUUGAGCGCGGGUGCGACCUGCUCGUUGCCACUCCUGGCAGAUUGGUGGACCUCAUAGAGCGAGGCCGCAUCUCCCUGUGCAACAUCAAAUAUCUGGUGCUCGACGAGGCUGAUCGCAUGCUUGACAUGGGUUUCGAGCCUCAGAUUCGUCGCAUCGUCGAGGGCGAGGAUAUGCCCUCUGUUGCCAACCGUCAAACGCUCAUGUUCUCCGCCACCUUUCCCCGCGACAUCCAGAUGCUGGCCAGGGACUUUCUCAAAGACUACGUCUUCUUGUCCGUCGGGCGCGUCGGCUCCACUUCUGAAAACAUCACCCAGAAGGUGGAAUUCGUCGAAGAUGUUGACAAGCGAUCCGUUCUCUUGGACAUUCUCCACACUCACGCUGGUGGACUGACGCUCAUCUUCGUUGAGACGAAGCGCAUGGCCGACUCUCUGUCUGACUUCCUCAUCAACCAAAGCUUUCCUGCCACCUCCAUCCAUGGCGACCGAACCCAGCGUGAGCGAGAGCGUGCUCUUGAAUUUUUCCGCAACGGGCGCUGUCCCAUCAUGGUCGCCACUGCCGUUGCUGCCCGUGGUCUCGAUAUCCCUAACGUGACGCACGUCGUCAACUAUGACCUCCCGACGGACAUUGAUGACUAUGUGCACCGAAUCGGUCGUACCGGCCGUGCCGGAAACACUGGCUUAGCAACCGCCUUUUUCAACCGCGGAAACCGCGGGGUCGUUCGUGAACUCAUGGAUUUGCUUAAGGAGGCAAAUCAGGAGGUUCCCGCCUUCCUCGAAGCAAUUGCUCGUGAGUCUUCCUUUGGUGGUGGGGGUGGCCGCGGUGGCCGCUCCCGUGGCGGAGGCGGUCGCGGCGGCUCUGCCAACCGCGAUUUCCGCAAGUUCGGCGGCGGCGGUUUCGGCGGCGGCGGUGGCAGUUUUGGUGGCCCGCCCCAGAGCGCUGGCUACGGCGGCGGCGGCGGCGGCUUUGGCGGUCCUCAGGGAGGUUCCGGCUACAGCGGCGGCGGCAGCGGCGGUGGCUACGGCGGCGGCUACGGCGGCGGCGGUGGCAGCUACGGCAACCCGGGAGGCCCGAGCGGCCAGUCGUGGUGGUAA